AUCGUCAUUGCAAUUGUUUUGAGGUGCUAAGACGUCAAUUGAUAAAUUCCCAAUUUUACCGUAACACGACGCACUUGUCCACACAAAUAAUUUAGCAACAUUCUCUGAUUCGGUUUAACAAUAAUUAGCACGGCAAGUAAAGGCAAACAGUGAGCGAAAACGAACAAUAAAAUGAGGGCAAACAAGUCAGGUUUUGCAAACAAUACACUUACAAUCUUGAACGAUUAAAACUUUACCAGCAUCCUGGGCAAACCAUGGAGGAACCCAAAAUUGCAACCCCAGCGGAGCUUCCCAGCACAUCAACCGGAGCAUCGUCGUCAUCAUCGACUUUGUCCAACAACGUGAGCUACGACAAGAUCGCCUGGACUCGGGAUAUCACAGAACCCUUGGCUGAGGAGUCAUCUACAAGUCAAUUGCGCCCGCUGGGUAACUCGAUUCCAACCGAUUCGGCGGCAUCGGAACUGAAUACGUCCAACACUUCGUAUUCCUUUACUGGAGACUAUCUAUCUGGUGGCAAUAAGGCCGAUCUGAAGGGUGGCUAUCCAUCCGGUGGCACCGAUACGGACACGAAAGCCAAUGAAAAGGACAAGGAGAAGGAAUAUAACGCAGAUGACUCGCUCUACGAGUGCAACAUAUGCCUGGACACCGCCAAGGAUGCUGUGGUCAGCAUGUGCGGCCAUCUGUUCUGCUGGCCGUGCCUGCAUCAGUGGCUCCUGACGCGUCCCAAUCGCAAACUCUGUCCCGUUUGCAAGGCUGCCGUUGAUAAGGAUAAGGUCAUACCUCUGUACGGAAGAAAUAGUACACACCAGCAAGAUCCACGUAACAAAGUUCCACCACGGCCCGCUGGACACCGUACAGAACCAGAUCCUGUUCCCGGGUUCCCUGGAUUCGGAUUCGGCGACGGAUUUCACAUGUCCUUCGGCAUUGGAGCUUUUCCUUUCGGGUUCAUAACAUCUACGUUCAACUUUGGCGAACCACGUCCGCCUGUUGCUGUUCGGGGAACAAGGCAAUACCAGAAUGAACAGGCCCUGUCCAAGCUCUUUUUGUAUCUGGCCCUUGUGUGCAUAAUGUGGCUGUUCUAUGCAUAGCAAUCUGCGAACGCGUAGAGACAUCACCCCGAUAAGAAGAACCUAUAUUCAAAUGUAUAUGGCAAGCGUCCGAAGUAAUCAUAUAGCAGUAUCCUCCAGUUAAAUCAACAAUAUUCUUAAACUCGUUGGGCAAUAGUCGUUGGUGUGAUUAAUUAACAUAAAGUGUAAGCAUUCGGUUAUAAUUGUAAUUUGAGAAUUCGCAAAACAGAAGUGGAUUGGGUACCCCAAACUAUUUCAAAAAGGCCGCGAUACCCUACGACUCUCAGCGUAAAAAACUGAAAUUUCGAAAUCAUUGGAUCGUAAUGAUUUAUUUAAAAUGUAGAUGUCAAAAAGUGUAAAAAUAUAUA